GACGCGUAACUACAACAAUGAACAGGUGCGGUGAUCAUUGACUCUGAUCCUUUACAUGGGGAAAAGUACUGGUCUGUACUUGAGCUGUACUAUAACUGCCAGUGGAUGUUAAUAUGUAACUACAAUUUCUGGGGUUAUUGUUUCAGAGACGAAUAUUGCUGGGUCUUCUCUAGCUGAGUCGCGCGGGGGAAGGAAAGCUUGUCUGCCACCAUGGUUCUCUUCCUGAACAUCAACAUCGGCCAGCGAGUGGAGGUCUACUACAAGGGCCAGAUCUUUGCAGGGACAGUCAAAUACAAGGGAGGACUGUCCAACAUCAAGGGGGACUGGGUGGGAGUUCAUUUAGAUGAGCCUGUUGGAAAGCACAGUGGCAUCUUCAAAGGGAGGGAAUACUUCACGUGUACACCAAAGCACGGAAUAUUCAUUCAUCCGUCGAGAAUACGAUUCACUCCACUCAAAAGAAACAUAUUCGACACAUACAGGACUGUCAGUCCAGGAUCGUAUGUAGAUGAAACGUUGUUUGGAGCGAAAUCAGUUCCUAAACCAAUUGGUCUGUAUGACCCCGUAUCAGUGUCAGACACGUUUGUCAGCUUGGCAACGGCUGGAUUUAAUGAUCCCAGUGCGUCCUGGCAUGCCGGAAAGAAAUGUCUCUCAAAGUCCGAGUCCUUCAGCUGCAGCUCAAGCCCGUCCUUCAGCCACAGUCACUCCGUCGGUCGAACCCUCAAGCCUGAACGGCCCAAGUCGGCCAUGGAACUGUCGGGCGGGUCGUGGGGCAGAACCAAGGGCGGGACGGGGAGGUGCACGUCCCCACUGCGGAGGUUCUACAGUCGGGCCGACUCGCCUUUUAUCAGCCGGCCCGCUGUUCCCAAGACCCAUAUGCCAACAGAGGCCUUGCAGCUGCAAGACAUGAGGGGCUGGUCCUGUACUUCCAAGCCCCGGGAAUGGUCUCUUUGAUGAUGGUGCCAAAGUAGGAGGAUUUUUCUGGCAUUUUGGGGUGUGUGUGUGAAAAAAAAUGCAAUUUAAACAGAUUUCAAUACAAUUUUGAGGCUUGGCACGGUGGACAGAUCAAGCAGGGGACAGUGACUAAUUCUUUUGGCAUUACAUGUCAAUGUUAUUUUAUUUUGAAUCCAUUAGCUUUCACUAAAAGGAGAUACCACAUUGUGAAAACAAUAUUGUUUUUCACCUACAAGUAAAGUCAUGUUAUUUUCUUCUCCAAUCGAAAAUACCAAUAACUGUAUCCAGUCUGGUUCCCUUUCGGAAUUAACGUCUUUGUAACAUUUAAAUGCACCUUAGUAAAAGGGUAACACAUUAUUAAUGUAGCUAUUAUGCACCUUACAACAUGAGCACAUUUCUCAAAAACCAUUGUAGGCAGGAACACUAUUAUAAAAUGCAAGAAUUCCAAAUAACUAAAUUAUAUGGGGAUUUGAUUUCCUACUGAAUCAUGUAAAUUAAAAAAAAGCACACCACUUUUUGUAUUGAGAUGGUUCGCCUCAAAUUGUGUGAUCAUGAAAUGGAUAAAAGUUCUUUAAGAUAAUUUACAGGGUUAUUUUUCUAAAGCCAGCCUUGUUGUCCAAGAUUUAAGUUGUUAUAUUUUCAAUUGAAUGGAAUGACAAAUUUGGUUGAAAUUCCCUGCAAAUAUUUUCUUCAUAUAACAUAUGCAAACAUUGAGAAGAGAGCUUUUAAAAAGAAAUAACUUGGGUGAACAACAUAUGUUACACCUUUCCUAUUUUUGUUAUUUUAUUUUUAAUUUUUACAUGUUCCUGCAAAAAAAUUCUUUAUAUUAUAAAUGUUUACAGGCAAUUCUUUCUGAAAAAUUUAUUAGGUUGGGUUUUACCGAUAGUGUGCCUUUUCGGUGCUGCAUUGUUUUUUAUUUUUACAUUUGUGAGAACACUUUUGCAACAACAGGGAUUGCUAAUUUUAAAUAUUUGUAAAUGUUUUGUAGAAUAAAGGAGAAAUAAAAAUAGAAAUGGAAUGUU